AUGAACUGGAUACCUUGCAGCUCUUAUUUAGAUUCUGGCAUCAACUUUAACAACUUUCUUUCUUUCUCCCCCAACCAACCAGACAGCAGUGGUGUCCACACCCUCUCAGGCCAGGGGGCAGCAGAGUGUGGCUACACCAUGGUGCUGGACUCCUGGGGGGACCUGGUCCUCCGUGCCUCUUACCUGGCCUGUCAUGUAGACAAUGAGGUGAUUACUACAGUUUGGGGAUUCAUAACGAAUAGGGAGGAGCCUCCAAAGAACAAAAACCAUCAACUUUUAGUUGUGAGCGAGUGUCACACCUGUUUUUCUUCUAAGGGUUCCUAAUAAUUCAAGUGUGAACAAAGUUAGCAUAUGUGCAUGAGUCAGUUUCUACAUUUUAGCAUUUUCGUUAGUAUGCCUCCUGCUAUAUUAUGUUCUUCAGAAAGACACUGCUUUUCGACUGCUGGUGUGGUUUGUGAACAGAGAUGUUGACGGUGAGGAGACCUCCUACCCUCUCCAGCUGACCUGCCCUUUGCGCCAGCCCUGGAAACCCCGGGAGAUAGUCUGUGAGGAGAACUAUAUGGAGGUCAUGGAAACUUUUAACUUACAAUGAGCUAUAUGUGACUGACUGUACCUUUCUUGAUUUAUUGUCACCUGACAUGAUUUACUCUAUUCAUUAGGGAUAGAAUGUAUGUGUAUAUCGUUGUUCAAUUCUUUAUCUUCCAAUAUUAGGUGUCUGCCAUGAAAGAGGUCCCUCCUGCCAACAACAAGGGUCUGGAAUGGAUGACACCCCCACCUGUGGUAGGUAUUCCCUUUCUCACACAGAGGCCAACGAGCGGGCCAUUCAUGCUUUCAAGUGCUAUCCACUGGGAUCAAAUACACAUCUUGUAGAUGUAUGUUUUAUCUGUAGCCCAAAUGUAAAAUUCAUUUACAUUUUAGUCAUUUAGCAGACGCUCUUAUCCAGAGCAACUUACAGUUAGUAAGUGCAUACGUUUUUCAUACAAUUCAAUAGUUUUGUUGUUUCCCAUAGCCACCUCUUUCAAUGCCUUUUGAGUUCUUUGUUAAUACCUUGUAAUCUCUCUCCAGUGGUCGGGGGAGGGUCUGAGGGAGUGGCGUGUGGUGUUCCGGGUGCCAGGUGACCAGCAGGGGAGUGAUGGGAGCCCCUAUAUGAAAGAGAAGACCCUGCCUGUAGAGAUGGCCCAUCUCCUGGGCUACCACAUCAACACCACAGAGACACGUGUUCUGUUGCGCUGUGCCUAUGGCUCCCGGCUCGCCUAUAUCCUACAGGUCAGACUGCAGGGCUGUAGAUCUGUUUCCAUUGGUCUAUCACUAGUGUUUUAGGUCAGUUUGCUUUGCUCUAUUUCCUAUGGAAUACUGGUCAGAGAAACCAAUGCCCUUUUCACACUAUUGUGAUAACCUAAACCAUGCUGUUCUGGCUUGGAUAUUUUCACAAUGUCCUCUCCAGUGCAGUUCCAGCAACUGUCCAGUGCAGCUCGACUCGGUUCUGCUUGGCUAAGUAAUGUGAAACCUUUUCUAACUGUUUCAGGAGAAAGGCAUCGAGGUGGAGGUGGUCAGUGCCACCAUUCUUUACAAACACCACUGGACACUUAUAAGAGUGGACACCUCGGUUGCUUGCACCACAAGUACGUCUCUUUUGAUCAUUGGAAAAUAGUCGGUUCAUAACUGAAUUUCAUUAAUGUAACUGAAUGCAUAAUAUGUGAACAUAACCCCAUUUGCCUCUAACCUGGUCCCAGAUCUGUUUGUGUGGUCUUGCCAACAUCUAUGGUCAUUGUCACGCCAAACACAGCUGGCCAUAACCAUAAGAGUUGGCAAGACCGCACAAACCGAUCUGGGAUCAGGUCUAAUUUGCCUCUACAGCAGUUUUAGUACCUUCUUACCCCCUCCUCUUUCUUCUCCAGACAAGGCCUCCAUGGAUGGGAAGCAUGUUCUGUGGAGGUUCCCCAAGGUGCUGUCCCCCCUGGUGCAGCCCCCCUUCAGAGACAGGGGUCUGAGGGUGGGCGUGGAGGGACGUUACCUGAGCGACUGUGUGGCCCGUCAGAGAGGAUAUGACAUACAGGAACAGGAUGGAGCUGUGGAGAUCAGGAUUCCAUUUGGUGCAGAAGGUGGCUACAUCAAGGUAUUACAGACAGAAGGAGAUGGAUCUUUAAUGUCACAGUUGGUUUUUGGUUCUUAUCCCAGUUUUAAUCAUGAACUGCACUUAGUUAAUUUCCAAACAAAUACAGUUGGUAUGUCAGUGAAGUAUUGAUUAUUUUAUGAUUCUCCAAUAAUUCAUUGUAUCAACUAUUUUAGUGAAGAAAUGGGUGGCUUGAUUUGUCUCCUUGAAGUGUGAGUAGGUGACAUGCGCACCUGACAAACGCUUCUGUGAAGUCAAAACUUUGUGAAUUUGGUGGGGAAUAAAACACUCAGAAGCAGCAUACAGUGCUUGCUUGAAAGUAGGUGAACCCCUUGUGCAAUUAGAUGUUUUCAGUUUUUACCAUGAAAUCUAAAUUUAAUCAGAACAUUUUUGAUCUGACAUAACAGGUUUAUAUUUACCAAUACCAUAGUAGAAAAACAAAAUUAAAAAGGAAUUAGUGCAGGUGCAAAAAUACGAUAAGUGAACCCCAAGUUGCAUUGGUUAAAUCAAGUAGGUAGUAGAAUCAGGUGGGUAAAUAAUUAGCUACCAAAUGAACCAAUCAAAGGAGAGAUCGUUAGGAAAGAGUUUGGGCAGGACUCUGAUAAAUAGAGAUAAGAAACCUGGUCAGUUUGGUGUGACCCAUCCAGGUGAAUGCAAAGCACACCAUGCCGAGAGGAAAUGAGAUCAGAGGACAUCAGGACGAGGGUAGUGAGAGCACAUCGGUCUGGGGAAGGCUAUAAACUCAUCUAAAAAAUAUUUGAGCUCCAUCAGUCCACUGUGAGGCAAAUAAUUUACAAAUGGAGAGCAUUUAACAUGACAGCAACUCGGCCUAGUGGACGCCCUUCCAAAAUAUCCCCAAGAGCAACAAGAACAAUAAUAAAUCAGGUAAAAGCCAACCCAAACAUAACAUCUAGAGAUUUGCAGACCUCCCUUGGUGCAUCUCAGGUAACUGUGCAUGCUUCAACAAUAAGAACGCUGAAUCGAAAUGCCAUUUAUGGGAGGGUUGCUAGGAAGAAGCCUCUGCUGUCAAAAAAGAACCAAACUGCCCGUCUUAACUUUGCCAGACCACCUGGACAAACCUGAAGGUUUCUGGAAGUCCAUUCUCUGGACCGGUGAGUCCAAAAUUGACCUUUUUGGUCAUAAUGAACACUGCUAUGUUUGGCGAGAACCCAACACUUCCUACCACCAAAAAAAAAACGUAUCCCAACAGUCAAGCAUGGUGGGGAAUGUCAAGAUCUGGGGCUGCUUUUCCUCCUCUGGAUCUGGACGACUCCACAUCAUUAAGGGAACCAUGAAUUCUGAGGUAUACCAGGAGAUUCUUGAAGAGAACGUCAGGCCAUCAGUCAAGGAGCUAAAGCUGGGCCGAAAACGGGUCUUCCAACAAGACAACGACCCAAAACAUUCAACCAAAUCUACCAAAGAAUGGCUCAGGAGAAAGAUUUGUGUUUUGGAUUGGCCAAGUCAGUCCUGACCUAAAUCUAAUCGAGAUGCUGUGGCAGGACAUGAAGUGGGCAGUUCAUGCCAGACACCCCUCAAACCUCACUCAAUUGGCUGAGUUGAGGAGUGAGCAAGAAUCCCUCAAAACAAAUGUCAGACUGAUUACUGGCUAUAGGAGAUGUUUAGUCCAAGUUAUCGUGGCUAAUGGAGGUGCCACAAGCUAUUGACUGAAGGGGUUCACAUAUGUGUUGCACAAAAUGGAGUUUCUGUAAAAUAAACCACUUUUGUUAAAUAAACAAUGAAGAUAUACUUUUUUGUUUCUGUCAUUUACUUGGAAUGUCUUUAUUACAAAUUGGGAUUUAGAUAAGGAUUUUCUUUAUUGUAAUAUUUUAUAGCAAAAUAAUGACCAGCCCUGAAGGCUUCACAUACUUUCAAGCAGCACUGUAUGUGUCCCAGCCUCUUCCUUCUUUGAUUUGUCUCCUUGGAGCUGCAGCUUCAUAUUAUGGUUUUCAUAAUGCCAUUGAUUUAAUUGAUGUUGCCUUAACCAAUACUCUCUCCCUCAGAGCCAGGUGGUGGAUGGCCAGUACUCCCAGUCCUAUUUCAUUGACCUGUUCUACAUGCACCAGUGGGAGGAUUCUCAGUGGGCCCACACUGAAUACCGCUCCUUUAGACCCCUUUCAAUCAUCCAUCUGCCUCAGACACCGAUCCUUAUCAACGGCAAGUAGUUGUCAUAUUAUACAAAUUAAAAAGAAAGUUGCAUAUCUCCAUUCUGUCGCUUUGGCCAACGUUUCACUUAAGAGCCUCCAUUAGGACAAAGUUUCCCAAACUCGGUCCUGGCUGACUCAAAUAACCAAGUAAUCAUCAAGCUUUUACUAUUUGCAUCAGCUGCGUAGUGCCAAAACUUGCACCCAGGGGGACGGGACGCUGCGUAGUGCCAAAACUUGCACCCGGGGGACGGGACGCCAGGACAGGACCAAGUUUGGGGAAACUCUGCAUCAGGGUGUGCUCAUCCAUGUUUGACGUCUUGCCAACUCCUAUGGUCGUCGUCUGACAACGACAUGAGCAUAGGAGUUGGCAAGACUGCACAAACGGAUCUGGAACCAGGUUAACGUCCACCAACAUGUUAAUGAGAGAACAUUCCAUCCUGUAAGUUAUGACUGUUCUUCCUCCUGCAGAAACCAAUCCCUCUGAGGGACAGUUCUCUGUGUCUCUGGGCUUGUUCCCCCCUGACGUGUCUCUGUCCAACAUCACCGUGGGGGACCAGUCCAUGGCAGAGCAGGUAGGGGUUUACCUCUCACAGGUCCCCUUCCCCAAUGGGACCCAUGCCUACCUACUGAAGACCCCCUUCUCACACCGUCUGGUCUCUCAGAAGGUGAGGGUGCAGCAUGUUAGUACCAGUCAGUGUGAUACUAUAAACACUGAAGCAGUUCAUAUAUGAGAAGAAGAAACAGUGAAACUGCUCUGUGUGUGUGUGUAAGGGAACUUGUCUAUGCUAAGCAUGGCUAACAUCCACAUGAAUGUUCAAUACUAAAGCUAUGACCUUAGACUACAUCUUUUUCACUGAUAUCCUCCUGUCUCUGGUCCUAUAGUAUCUCGGGCAGGGGUACAGGAGGUACAGUCUGGCAGUGACCUUUACCCUUUCCAUCUCCCCCCACUCUGACCUGUAUCACUACCCUGCCACCGUGGAGGCUGUCAUACAGGAUGUUGGUAUGUAUAAAUCGCAUGCGUUCCCAUACAAGCACAGGAAAUUCUGCUUUCAAUGUUAUCCUGGAUGAUGAUAACAUUGUGCACCUUGCCUGUGUUAGCCCCUCUGUGAGCUUAUACGGUUAAAUGAAACUCAAAAGGUAGGCUGCUGUAAGAUAGGCUAACACCUGAAACUAUUGCCUGACUUGAAUUAUGUCUAUCCAUCCAUCAAACGUUCUAACCCAUCCGUCCGCAGUCCUGCCCAGAGUGGAGGGGGGGUGCUCCGAUAAAGGGGUGCGUCUGCAGCUGCACUACGGAAACAUGGACACCCAGUGGGAGGUGUACGUGGGCGGUCGCAGGCUUGACUGGGAGCUGGUGGAGUUGGGCGACUACGCCCUGGAGUCCAGGCAGGACUACUUCAGUGUGGUGAUCCCUCUUUACGGCCUUGGCAUGGCCUACGAGGUGAGCGGACUAAGCCAGUUUAGCUGUUGGGUUCUAUUUGUUAUGGGUGGCAAUGUAUGUUUCUAUAGGGGGUAUAACAAUAUCGAAUCAAAGUGGCUCUAUAACCCAUAUUUAGCCUUCAUCUCUUGAUCCCAGCCUGCUCCUCGUUUUUGCUCUUGCUCUCCGUCUCUGUCUCUCUGUCAGGGUCUGACUUUGCAGGGGCUGGUGGUAACUGUGAGAGUGACAGUGGAGGACAGAGAGACGGCCAUAGAGGAGCACACCUUCACCCAGCGCUGUGUCUUCCUUGUGAAGGAACUACUGGGUAAAACAACCAAUGCAUUUACGGUACCAUUCUACAUGCAUCCAUAUUAUACAGUGCAUUCGGAAAGUAUUCAGACCCCUUGACUUUCCACAUUUUGUUACGUUACAGCCUUAUUCUAAAAUUGAUUAAAUACAUUGUUUUCCUCAUCAAUCUAUACACAAUACCCCAUAAUGACAAAGCGAAAACAGGUUUUUAGACAUGUAUUACAAAUUUUAAAAAAAUACCUUAUUUACCUAAGUAUUCAGACCCUUUGCUAUGAGACUCGAAAUUGAGCUUAGCUGCAUCUUGAUUCCAUUGAUAGUCCUUGAUGUUUCUACAACUUGAUUGGAGUCCACCUGUGGUAAAUUAAAUUGAUUGGACAUGAUUUGGAAAGGCACACACCUGUCUAAAUAAGGUCCCACACUUGACAGUGCAUGCCAGAGCAAAAACCAAGCCAUGAGUUCGACGCAAUUGUCUGUAGAGCUCCGAGACAGAAUUGUGUCGAGGCACAGAUCUGGGGAAGGGUACCCGAAAAUGUCUGCAGCUUUGAAGGUCCCUAAGAACACAGUGGCCUCCAUCAUUCUUAAAUGGAAGAAGUUUGGAACCACCAAGACUCUUCCUAGAGCUGGCCGCCCGGCCAAACUGAGCAAUCGGGGGAGAAGGGCCUUAGUCAGGGAGGUGACCAAGAACCCGAUGGGCACUCUGACAGAGCUCCAGAGUUCCUCUGUGGAGAUGGGAGAACCUUCCAGAAGGACAACCAUCUCUGCAGCACUCCACCAAUCAGGCCUUUAUGGUAGAGUGGCCAGACGGAAGCCACUCCUCAUUAAAAGGCGCAUGACAGCCCGCUUGGAGUUUGCCAAAAGGCACCUAAAGCACUCUCAGACCAUGAGAAACAAGAUUCUCUGGUAUGAUGAAACCAAGAUUGAACUCUUUGGCCUUGGAGACUAGUCAGGAUCGAGGGAAAGAUGAACGGAGCAAAGUACAUUGAGAUCCUUGAUAAAAACCUGCUCCAGGAAGGUUCACCUUCCAACAGGACAAUGACCCUAAGCACAAAGCCAAGACAACGCAGCAGUAGCUUUGGGACAAGUCUCUGAAUGUCCUUGAGUGGCCCAGCCAGAGCCCGGACUUGAACCCAAUCGAACAUCUCCUCUGGAGAGACCUGAAAAUAGCUGUGCAGUGACGCUCCCCAUCCAACCUGACAGAGCUUGAGAGGAUCUGCAGAGAAGAAUGGGAUAAACUCCCCAAAUACAGGUGUGCCAAGCUUGUAGCUUCAUACCCAAGAAGACUCGAGGCUAUAAUCACUGCCAAAGGUGCUUCGACAAGGGUCUGAAAACUAAUGUAAAUGUGAUAUUUCCAUUUUAUUUGUAAUACAUUUGCAAAAAUUUCAAACCAGUUUUUGCUUUGUCAUUAUGGGAUAUUGAGGGAAUAUUUAAAUAUAUAUAUAUUUUAGAAUAAGGCUGUAGUGUAACAAUGUGGAAAAAGUCAAGGGGUCUGAAUACUUUCCGAAUGCACUGUAUAUAAUACGCUAAGGAUUAUAAACUGCGGGAGGAUCUCCUCUUACAAUGCCGUGCUGAUUUUCUUCAUUGUAGGCUCAAAAGAAGCACGUCAUCCUCCCACAUGGUAUUAUCCACAUUAUAUUCCGCUGUGGUUUGUGUUUUUGUUGGUUUUUGUGUUUGGAAUGCCAAACACUGUAGCAUCAUACUGCCAAUAGUUCCAGCCGGUAUUCGCAUAAUAAUAUGGAAUCGACCACGCCCACUAAUUGGGGUAAACCGACAUGUUUUCCUAAAAAGAGGCAACUUCGUUGUUGUUUUUUUGUUUUGUUAUACAGAAAUAACAAAACGUGCCGAAAAGCUGCAGUGUUAUUGUUCAUUGUACAGUACAUGUAGCCAGGGCAAAAAUCCCCACCUACGGUUCGCAAUGCUCCCAUGUAGGGAAAUAGAGCCUGCGAGAAGAGCCCUGUGGCUUCAGGCUAUUUGGUGUGGGAGACUGGGAAAUAUGGGGACGCCCUGUCCAAGUAGGCUACACGUAGCUGAGUGUGUGUGUGGAAAACAUUUCAUCACAGGUCCGUUUGGAACUCCACUCACUACUUGUAGCUGUACUGUCUGUUUGUGUUGAUGGUCUUGGAUAGCUUAAUGUUCCGGUCGGUAACUAGCUGCUAGCAUAGUCUUGAAAAGGGGCAUAAAGAAGUUAAGUGAGUUUGUGUUUAUACAGGAACUCCCCCCACCUACCAUCAAUCAAUCAUGUCAAUGCGGAGUUAUACGGAGCCCUGCGCAUUGUAACAAAAUGUGAGCGGUGCACGGCGAUGUGGUACGGAGCUCAAUUUGGUCUCUGUGUGCCUCUGGAGGCUCCGCAUUCGCGUCACACCAUCCAUACUCCACCUCCCACCACAUUUUCAGAUCAAGCAUAAAUUAGCUCUUAGACAGGCCGGGUAACCUACCUGACCUAACCGCCCCCUAGGGAUUAACAUGGGUAACCGGGAUCCCUGGACUGUCCCGGGAACACUACACAUUUCCCAAAAAAUAAAAUGACAAGACCCAGGAAAUUACAUUUUCCCACAAUGUCACAGGAAGAGUAUCCGCUGCUUUUGCAACAGCUAAUGGGGAUCCUAAUAAAAUAACAAAUAAUGCAAUUUCACAAAAUACACAACAUGCACAGCAGCAGAUUAGCAAAACAUUUAAUAGCACAUUAUCCUAGCAGGUUGUUGCAUGGAAGCCCGGUGUAUUUACUUUGCAUAAAGUCGCCAUAAAUUCAAAAUGCAUGCAUAAUUGACACUGCUGGACUGCACACGGGACCCAAAUGCAGUUAAUAAACCCUACAGGGAACCCCUAGCCUAUAAAAUAAUGUGUUCCUCUUUUUGAGCUGUUGUGACUCUUCAGACAGUCACAAAUUUGAUAGGCCUAUGCACAAUUCACUACAUGGGCAUCUCUUUCACAGACAUGAAGUCUGCAACAAUUCAGAGAGGCAUGAGGGAAAAUUCUAUCGACCUAUCCAGUACCAAUCCCACUGAAACCCCAACCAGUGGGUUGGUAUAGAAUGUGUGAUCAACAAACUGUAUGAGAUUAGAUAUGGAUAUCUUUGAAAAUCCCUUUGAAAAUGUCCUAUGUGGCGUUGAUAUGAGUCAGAAGUAGUUAUUCUAGUGUCAAAAUUGACUACGAAGUGUAAAUAGGAUAAUUUUGGUAAUAAAGUCAGUCUCGUUUUAAAACUGAGUUUGGAACAUCCGUGCGUCACAAUGGGGAAAUUAAGGUUGGGUUUUGAUUUGACGAUGUCCAUUUGCCCACUAACAUGGGUAUUUGGUAUUUUAUUAGGAUCCCCAUUAGCUGUUGCGAAAGCAGCAGCUGCUCUUCUUGGGUUCCACACAAAACAUGAAACGUGACAUAAUACAGAACAUUAAUAGACAAGAACAGCUCAAGGACAGACUACAUCAAUUUAAAAAAGGCACACGUAGCCUACAUAUCAAUACAUACACACAAACUAUCUAGGUCAAAUAGGGGAGAGGCGUUUGUUCAGCGGCUCUAUAAACUAGAGUGCCUAUAGAAAGUCUACACCCCCUUGGACAACUUUCACAUUUUGUUGUCUAAAAAUGUAAUUGAAAAAGGGAUUACAUUAUAUUUUAUUUCAUAUCUUCAAAAUGAAAAAGUUAUGUGAAAAAUUGGAUAAGUCUCCACCCCUCUGAGUUAAUACUUGGUGGAAGCACCUUUGGCAGCCAUUACAGCUGUGAAUCAUUUUCAUUAAGAUUCUACCAACUUUACACAACUCUUAGGGAAAAUAUAUAUUUUUAAUUGUAUUUUUUUAAAAUUGCUCAGGCUCAGUAAAUCUGUUUGGGGAUCAGGUCAAGGUUUAAAUAUCAGCGAUAUUUAAACCUUGUCUCUGGUUUUUCUUAAGCAGAACUGAGUCAGGACUAGACCAGUCAGGAACACUCAACACCUUUUGGAAAGCCAUUCUGGUAUCUUUUGCAUAAAACAAAUUCUGUAAUUGUCCCGCAGAGAAAUAAAACCCUAUCCCAGGGUUAGGUUUUCAGAAGACUGAGAUGGGUUUUCCUAUAACUUUUUAGCUGGGCUUUGCUCCUUUCUUAUUUCAUUUGAUCCUAACAAACUCCACAGCAGUGGUGUGUAUUCAUGGAAGCCAAGGGAAGCCAGGCUUCCCCAAAUAUUUGACCAAUAGAAACAUUUUAAAUUAUAAAGUAAUUUAUUUAGUUUCUCUGUGUUUUCAUAACUUUCCUUCAAUUCGCAAGUGGCUGAAUCUCACCGGAGCACUCAUCCGAGCGAGGGGAAACAGCGGCCCUCUGUCUCAGUAUGUGUAGCCCAUGGAUCUGAUGCUGUCUGGACCAAAAUACUAUGACAUGUAGCCAAUCAGCGUUGAGCUGAGCUCAACUGUAGGUUGUCCUGGCGUAGUACGUUUUAAGUUUGUUUUCACUGUAUUAAACUAAGCAUAUAUAGCCUAGUUGAUUUGAUGUUUAUGUUAAAAUGGUGCUGGAAUAGCGGAGGCAGUGCUCCUGUUGUCUUUGUGGUUCUAAAUCAGUUUAGUAAACUGUCAAACAUUAAAUCAAAUCACAUUUUAUUGGUCACGUGCACAUAUUUAGCAGAUGUUAUUGCAGGUGUAGCAAAAUGCUUGUGCUAGCUCCAACAGUGCAGUAGUAUCUAACAAUUAAUAAUAAUAAUAAUAAGCCAUUUAGCAGACGCUUUUAUCCAAAGCGACUUACAGUAAAUAUAAUAAAUAUAAUAUGCCAUUUAGCAGACGCUUUUAUCCAAAGCGACUUACAGUCAUGCGUGCAUACAUUUUUGUGUAUGGGUGGUCCCGGGGAUUGAACCCACUACCUUGGCGUUACAAGCGCCGUGCUACCUGCUCUACCGUGCUCUACCAGCUGAGCUACAGAGGACAGUCAUGUGCGCAUACAUUUUUACGUAUGGGUGGUCCCGGGGAUCGAACCCACUACCCUGGCGUUACAAGUGCCAUGCUCUACCAAUUGAGCUACAGAGGACCACAAGCACUCUGGACAUGCGUUCAGUACCGAACUCGUUAAAAACUAUCAGGUUGCUAAUGGCCUGGUACUCAGCACUCUAUUGUCCCUCUAACCACUCCGACAUCAAUGCAAAUGCACUCGAAAAUCGCAUCAAACACUCAUCAUCAAAACAGUAUCAUGCUUUUAAAACUCAGCUCACUGUGAUGAUCAAUUUGAAGAAAGAAGUUCAACAACAUGUUAAAACUGAGUGGAAACAUGGUCGUUGUGGAUGUUGUUUUGAAGCCAAACAACUAAAUGGACAGCACUUUCUAAGGUUAUGAUUAAAUAAAACACCCAUAAGCAUACAGUGCCUUUAGAAAGUAUUCAUACCCCUUCACUUAUUCUAAAUGUUGUUGUGUUACAGCCUGAAUUCAUAUAUUCGACCAUAUUUUCAGAUCAAGCAUAAAUUGGCUCGGAGUCGUGCAUGUCAAUGCAAUAGAAUCUUACUCCAAUGCACUCUGCCUACCAGAAAACCUCUUGCACAGUUAGUUUUGCAGAGUUCAUUUUGUUUCGGUAUGUUACAUUAAAAGUGGCUAAUAUUGCGUUGAUUCGAGCACAAUUCCGGGCUGAAAUUUCAUCUGCAUGGCAGUCCGAGGGGAGCUCAGUUUAGAGGGAACAUUGCGCAGCACCCCUCUUAUUUGUGGAGAACCCUUGCAUAGUGAUCAUAUAUUGAGUUUUUGAAACCAAGUGAAGGGCCACAUACUAUAUGUGUGACAAAACAUGUGAAGCCUUUAUUCAUUUUCACAUUAACCCGCAACUACUAGUGUACUGUAGGUGGACAUAUGCUUGCAGAACAAUUCUACCCUUGUUUUUUGUGAGCACAUUUUUCACAAUUUUCACACAAUUUAUAUAAUUUAUAACAUCACAGACACACGCACAGAUCCUGCAUCUCUACCCUUAUAAAGUACAAUCAAACUUAGUCACUAUGUAAACUUAAAAACAGAUAUUAUAUGACUGCAGACAUGCAAAAUGUAACAGCUAAUGUGUAAUUAUUAUUUUUUAUUUUUUUAUGAUUCUAAAAUUUGAGUGAAACAUAUGGUAAGUGCAUCCGUUUAAUUUGGAAUGGUCUGUUUUUGAAAGCAUAUUAAGGAGAAAUUCUCAUCUUCAUUGUGAGACAUAUUUACAGUUAUCCAAUCACCUCAGCCCAAAUCUGACUGAUUUAGUUAUUACCUGUAUCCAAGUGCUUUGCUGGAUAAUUCUCACUGCAUAACCAUCACCAUGAAAAAGUAUAAUGCUUGCCUACCCCAGUCACGGAUAUUCGAGUUUUGAUGUGAACAAUGGGUCUGGUCAUCUCUCUUGGCAAGGGCAUCAAAGUCUGGUGUCAUCUUUAAUGUAGAGAUUCUCAGAACAGCUGACAAGUGGUGACAGGAUUUGUUAUAAUUAAUGACUGAGAACGUUUGUUCACACACCUAUGUGGACCCGGAUAAAACAAGCAUCCUUUGGGAAUGCUUUUUAAUGUUUGGAAACUUUGUUUCAUUCAGUGAACCAUAGAACUGGUCUAUUGUUGCUGUUUUGUACUUCUCCUUCAAAGCACUGUCACAUUGGGUAUCGAUGAGCUCCAAUUGUGUGUCUGGUGGUGCUUUCUCACUGUCGAAAGACAGGGGGCGUGAUACAAGCUCCAGCUCAGUCUUGGUGAAGUCUGAGAAGCUGUGGGAAAACUCAGCAUGCAGGUCUAUCAAAGUGCUACUGUAUGUCUCAGUGCGGCACUGCGAUGUGGUCGCGUUCAGUGCGGCCAGUGUCGGAAAAUGAGCGAGACCGGCUGCUCAUUUGUCUGGAGAACAACAUAAGUUUGGCCUUGAAUGCUUUCAUGUUGGAAUACAGUUCAUGCACAAAAACACAAUUUCCCUGCAGUUUCCCUUUUAGAUCGUUCAGAUGCCCCAAUAUGUCCACACCGAAAGCAAAGUCAUCCAGCCAGUCUGUGUCUUUCAACUCGGAGAAGUCGUCAGCUUUACCAACCGUAUGAAGGAAAAUGCCUAUCUUCCCUCUCAUUUGAAUUUGCAUUUACGUCAUUUAGCAGACGCUCUUAUCCAGAGCGACUUACAAAUUGGUGCAUUCACCUUAUAGCCAGUGGGAUAACCACUUUACAAUAUUAUUAUUUAAAAAAAAUUUUGGGGGUGUGGUAAGUGGGGGGUAGAAGGAUUACUUCAUCCUAUCCCAGGUAUUCCUUAAAGAGGUGGGGUUUCAAGUGUCUCCGGAAGGUGGUGAGUGACUCUGCUGUCCUGGUGUCGUGAGGGAGCUUGUUCCACCAUUGGGGUGCCAGAGCAGUGAACAGUUAUGACUGGGCUGAGUAGGAACUGUGCUUCCGCAGAGGUUGGGGGGCCAGCAGGCCAGUGGUGGAUGAACGCAAUGCCCUCGUUUGGGUGUAGGGACUGAUCAGAGUCUGAAGGUACGGAGGUGCCGUUCCCCUCACAGCUCCGUAGGCAAGCACCAUGUCUUGUAGCAGAUGCGAGCUUCAACUGGAAGCCAGUGUAGUGUGCGGAGGAGCGGGGUGACGUGAGAGAACUUGGGAAGGUUGAACACCAGACGGGCUGCGGCAUUCUGGAUGAGUUGUAGGGGUUUAAUGGCACAGGCAGGGAGCCCAGCAAACAGCGAGUUGCAGUAAUCCAGAAUGGUACAACAAGUCCUGGUGCUCUGCCUCUGUGUCAUUGAGCAGCUGAAUGAACUGACCAUGGUUAAGCCCCCUUGCCCAUAUAAAGUUAACAAGUUUUACAACCACUUUGACAUUUUCCAGCUUUAACACAUUUUUAGCAUGCUUGCUUGAAAAAUAACGAUUGAGAUUUAUAUUCCUUAAAAACAGCAACACUUUCUUGGCAUAUCAGCCUUAUGUUCAAUAUUAGUAAAAAACGUAUUUUGCUGUCCAUUCUUCUUUAAACACAUGACAUUCAGUCUACUUUUCUCAUUUUCGCAGCACUCAUUUUUCAUGUCAAAAGUCGUCAAGCAAUGAAGUGGCUUUGAUGACUGAGCGCAUUCUGAAUCUGACUGUAGGCCCAAAUACAGAGCGCGUUGCAAGGCUACAGCGCCAUCUAUUGGAGGUUGUUUGUAGAUAAUGGAAUGAGUAAUUUUAGGGCCAAAAUCGUAUCUGAAAUAUAAUAAUAUUAACUACAUUUAAAAGGUGUCUCGCGGGCCGGAUUGAAGUCCCCGGCGGGCCGGAUGCGGGCCAUACUUUUUUUUCUUCGUCUUUUAAAUAUUAUUAGAUUUCUCUUUGACUUCAGUCUAUAUUAUCACUAGUGAUAACACUGUAUAUUGACUGAAGUCAAAUAAGUCUGUGGCUCCUUAAAGACAUGUUAUCAGUGCUCACAGGAGUUUAGAAAGUGGUCCUCCAAAAAUAAAUGCAAUUCUAUUACUACGGUGAUCCUUUUGCUUUUCUGAAGUCUGGAUGCUCUUCCCUUCUCUCUCCCUGCAGUGUGUCUACCAGACAGCAGGAUGGUGGUGGUGGUGGAUAUAUCCAGUGUUUCUUCAGCCGUCAACCCCCGACUAACGUCCCUGCUGGAUCCCUCCUGUGUUCCCAUAGAGACUGAUGGAGCCAGGGCUCUGUACAGCUUUUCUCUCGACUCCUGUGGCACCUCCACAACUGUGAGUGGACCGCAUCUAGACUCUACAGUAUCAGCAACUUUGAUUGCAUCUGUUCAGAAGUACCAUAUUAGUUUUGUAGGUCUUUUGUUGCGAGUUAGAUCUGACUAGUCACGUCUCUUUACUCACCCCAGUCCUCAUGCUCUUGUACCGUUGUUUUGCAUGCUAUUCUCUCUACGACACCCGAUGACUCUCUUUUCUACCCAGCUAGAGGAAGGUGACCUGGUGUACACCAAUGAGGUCCGGUAUCGGCCCAAAGUCCCCAUAGACCUGAAGACCCUUAGCUCCCCAUAUCCCCACUUUAGGUGA